UCACUAAUUUCAGUUUGUUCAUACUAUCUCAGACUCAGUUAAAUAUCUGCACUCUACAGCAAUGGGAGGGAUUAUCUCUGUUGUACUAUGUGCCGUUUGUUAAGUUAUUAAAUGAAAGUACAUUGACACGACUGACUGUUCAUUCUUUGGUACAUUUGAGCAACAUUGAAGAAUACUGUGAACGUAAAUAAAUAUGUCAAACAAAAAAGUUGCAUAUUUUUAUGAUCCUGAUGUUGGAAAUUUUCACUAUGGGCCUGGACACCCCAUGAAGCCACACCGAUUGUCAGUCAUCCACAGUCUGGUUUUGAAUUAUAAUUUGCACCAGAAAAUGGAGAUCUACCGACCGUAUCGAGCCACAGCUCUGGAUAUGUGCAGAUUUCAUUCUGAUGAAUACAUUGAAUUCUUGCAAAAGGUGACACCUCAUAACUUACAAGGAUAUACCAAGUUUCUGACACAGUGUAAUGUAGGAGAUGAUUGCCCUCUCUUUGACGGGCUGUUUGACUUUUGUUCCAUGUACACAGGCGCAUCUCUACAAGGAGCGACUAAACUGAACCACAACUCCUGUGACAUCGCUAUAAAUUGGUCUGGUGGAUUGCAUCAUGCUAAAAAAUUUGAAGCAUCUGGUUUCUGUUAUGUCAACGAUAUAGUUAUUGCUAUACUAGAAUUACUUAAAUACCAUGCUAGAGUGUUGUAUAUAGAUAUUGAUGUGCAUCAUGGUGAUGGUGUUCAAGAAGCCUUUUAUUUAACUGAUAGAGUCAUGACAGUUUCGUUUCACAAGUAUGGCAGCUAUUUUUUCCCUGGGACAGGAGAUAUGUAUGAAAUUGGAGCAGAAAAUGGCCGUUACUACUCUGUAAAUGUUCCACUGAAAGAAGGAAUCGACGAUGCCAGUUAUUAUCAAGUGUUCCAACCUGUGAUUCAGUAUGUAAUGGACUUCUAUCGUCCCACAGCUAUUGUUCUACAAUGUGGAGCAGAUUCAUUGGCAAAUGAUCGAUUAGGGUGUUUUUGUUUGACCACUAAAGGACAUGGCGAGUGUGUGAAGUUUGUACGAGAUUUAAAUGUUCCCUUAUUGGCAGUUGGUGGAGGAGGUUACACUCUGAGAAAUGUAGCAAGAUGUUGGACUUAUGAGACAUCUCUAUUAGUAGAUGAACCGAUCAGUAACGAAUUACCAUUAACAGAAUAUUUAGAGUUUUUUGCCCCUGACUUUACCCUUCAUCCGGAAAUGGUAACCCGACAGGACAAUGCUAACAGUAAACAGUAUCUGGAGACGAUAACAAAACAUGUGUAUGACAACUUGAAGUUACUACAGAACUCGCCCAGUGUUCAGAUGCAAGAUAUCCCUAAUGACGCCUUGCCUGACAUGGCUAAAUGUAAUUUGGAUGAAAAGGAUCCCGAUGUCAGAGUGACCAAGGAAGAAGAGGAUGCAAGGGUGGAACCUGUUAAUGAAUUUUACAAUGGUGACAAAGAUCAAGAUCAUGAGGAAAGCUCAGCUACGUAGAGCUGACAAUCCACGUGAUUCAACAAAUGGGUUAAUUUCUUAGGUUGUAAUCUGUGCUUGUUUUCGAAUCCAUCUUUACGUCUUUUAUUCCGUCAUAAUAUAGGUUCAAGAAUAUGAAGAGAUUAGUUGAAAAAUAUUAAUUGUAAUCACAACUUCCAUAGAGCUACAUCACAAUCUCAAUAAUAUGUUGUUUAUUUCUUUAGGCCAGUGUUUCUAAAGUUUAUCCCACAGCGUCUCUGUAUACAGUAAGCUUAUUCGUAAACAAUUUUUAAAAUUAUUUACUGCCUAGCUUUUAUUAUUAUAAGAAAGGUAUUUGUAACUAAUCAAAGGGAUGUGGAAUAUGUUAACCCAUGUAAUGGAUCUCUUUUGAACUACAAUUUACAUUUUAUUAUUCAAAUUUAAAAAGUAAUAUUAUAUUUUAGUUUGAAUUAACCCAUUGAGGUAGAUCAGAUGAUGCUUGUCCAGGACCAAUUGCCAAGAUACCCAUGUUGCAUGGUCUUCAUUUAACCUUGUACGAGGGUCACACUGAAAAAUUUUGAGAUUUGUGUAGAAGAUUUUGUGCUAGACUUCCAAACAUCAAAAUAUUUAUGAUUCUCAUUAUCAAUUUUGGCUUUUGAAGAAAAGCAACGACGACGGCACAAAUGUUUCUUCGCAUUGAAGAAUAGCCAGAAGUCAUUUAUCUAAUUCUAAAUUUAAAUUGCACCAAUGAUUAAUAAACCAUUUAAUUCAAUGGGAAUAUUAUUUCAACGCUGUUAUAAAAAGUAUCUUAUUGUAAAAAGCUGUGAAUGUUUGCACAUAAGUUAAUCGAAUCUGGUUAGCUUCCUUGACAUUGUGUAUGGAAUUUUUACUGUAGUUAAAGAAAAGCAAAUGUUAACAUACUCUUCCCCUUAUACCAGAAGCAUAUGCAUUUAUACAUAUUUCUUGAUCACUGAAAACAUCAAAAUCUAUUCAGCACCAGAUAUUAAUCUAAGUUGAAUUCCAAACCCCACAUAUGUAAUCAUUUUCUUUGUUAGUGGAACAGCAUAAUUCAAUUGUGGAACCAUAAAUAAAUUAGACCGGGAGUGAAUUAAAACGACCAGACUCAUAUUGACCGCAGAGACGUUUUAGUCGUAUGAUAUACUUUUGUCAUUGGGCCAAAUAUUUAACUAUAACAUUUGAAAUGUCUUAGACCGGAAGUAGAUUACAAUUGUUGGUAAUAGCCGCUUUUUGACCCAAUGAGAUCAUGAAAACGAACAUAUGUAUAUAUUUUAUAGAUCAAGUAAAUAAAUUAGACCGGAAGUGAAUUUAAUCAGACAGACCUGACUCUUUUUGACCGCACUAAUGUUUAAGUAGUACCAAGUUAUAUAUUUUUUUCAUCGGAACAAAGAGGCAAACUAUAACUGUUACUUGAAACAUUUUUGAUCGAAAGUAAAUUAAAAGAGCCGAAAGAAGACACUUUAUGAUCGAGUUGGUUUCCGUUGGUAUAUAUAUAUUUUCUUGAUCUGAGCACAAGGCAAACUCUACAAUAGUAUUGAAAAUAAGAAAGUAAAUUUAAUUAAGGAGACGGAACUUGCUUGAUUCUUUAUAACCAAAUCAGUUUAUUGAGACAGUAUGUAAAGGAAGUGUACUAAAUUAUGUAUCAACGAAGGAAUGACUUUUCUCUUCGAUAUCAGGACUGGUGAUCAAGUUGUGAACAUUUCCUUAAGAAAUUCAUUGCAGCAAAUAUAUUUUAUUUAUUAAAAGAACCUGUCAUAAAGUAAUAAACUGUUCUAUGUAAACAUUAUAAUAUUACAACACAAUCGUAUGUUUAAUUAUUUAAGUACCUUUUGAAAAGUAUUGCUAUUUAUGAAAACAUAGAGUAAGCAUAAAAGUAACAAGAACACCAAUAUAAUAUAAUCUAAGAUAAACUUUAUUCCAUUCGUAAACUGCACAGAAUGCUGUAUAUCGUUAUGUACUAUAUCACCAUUACUAUGCAUUAUAUCAUUAAUUGCUAUUGUCUUCAGUUUAAGGAUUCCUCCACACUGGCCUAAAACAGUUCAAUUAUUACUCAAAUCGUCAGAGCAAUUUCAUAAAUUAUCAUGGAAUGUUGGAGGAAAAUUAAAUAAAAACUGUUUCACUCUACCACUUCAGGGUCCAAGAACACUUUUUAAUAAACUUAAAUCUAAAAUGGAUCAGGAGAUUGGAAUAGCUUUCAGUGACUAUCAGUUAUCUCAGGAACGUUUGAAAUAACACGGAUAACUGCUAGUAUAUUUGUAUACUUUCAAUUGUGUUUUAAGAGUUUAUGGCCAUUUAUCAUACUUUUUUGUUUUAAUGCAGAACAACAUUAGGUAAAUACAAUUUUGUGGCUGAUAUACAACUAGUCACCAUUGGAAGUUACGGAAACCAAAUGUGUUUUAGUGUAAUUAAUAAUAGAGCAUUCACUGGCAGGUUCCGUAAUCUAAUUGCAGCCAUAAAUGACGUUCUUAAUUUUUCAGUGACUAAUGAAAUCCUUAAAUCGACAAAAUAUUUGAGUCUUAUCUUAUGCAGUAACUACUUAAAACUUGUAGAAAGUCAAAAGAAGUCUUGAUUGUUAAACAGCAGAGUUUGUCUACUAUUGUGCUCGAUCGGCCACUUUGGUCCUAGUGAUUUUGUGCACAAAGGCUCUAGAACACAAUAAACAAUUACUCUACACCAAUUAGAAACAAAAAUACUGCUGCAGCUGGAUAUGUCAUAGGACACUCAGACAUCAAGAUGGUAUCUUUUCCUGUGGACUGGACUGUGCUAUUUGCAAUCAACAGUGUAAAAUUUGCCAUUGAUACCAAGCUUGUGUUUUCAAAAAUUAUGAGUAUAUUCACUUAUGCUGCUUUACUCCACUUGAUCUUCUUAUAUUCAUAAAUAUUUCAAUGUUUAGGAACUAUUCAACUUUUUAUUAGUGAAACUUAAAUAAAUAUAUUUUAAAGCAUACACUAUGUAAAUGUUUAAAAACAACAAUCAAACAUAUAAUUUGAGUAAAAUCCUUUUGGUUUUGUUGAAAACAUUAUCAGACCCAAUGUAUGACAAUUGAGCCUUAUUGAAAAGAAUUGUUAUUAUGCUACUGCAUUCUUUGAUUUCAAAGUGUAAAAAUGAAAUAUUCAGUUAUAAGAAGAGCAUCUGCAUUACAGUACUUGCUGAGCUUGACCAAAAGAGUACAUGAACUCCCUAACAUGCACUUCCCAAGCCAUUUCAGGAAACCCUGGACUAGACUUCCAAAUAAUUUAAAAUAUAUAAUAAAAACUUAAUAGUAUAAUGUUAAUCCUUCAUUUUUUGUUGUGUUUAAAAAUACUUGAAAAAAUGCAGUACUGUGUAAAUGUUAACCUAAAAAAUCCAUGAUAUUCUCAUGCUUGAGUAUUCUAAGACUGAUGUGUAUAUACCUUGAAACUAAUAAUGUUUUCUGUAAAUUUUGUGUGACCUUAAGUAUAAAUAUGUGAUCGAUCACUUCAUAGCAUUGUUUUUUUAAUUCUUUUAACUGUAGUUUUUUGUCUGGAUAGUUUUAAUAUACUCAGACUCAAUUUCACAGUUACGACAUUCUUGUAUUCCAUAUUUCCUUUUUUUUUACUGUUCAUUCAAUUGAUUUUUUUCACUAUACCAAUCUUUUCAUGCUGUAAUUAAUUGUGCCCUAUCUGUAUUGAUGUCAAGCUAUAUUAAAACUAUUAAUCUAUUUAAAUUUAUUUAGUAUUCGUAUUCACUUUGUAUUAGUUGAUUAUUAUUGUUUAAAGAUUCAACUAAUGUUCUGGCUAAUGUUUUAUUGAGUAUGUCAUAUAGCAGAGUUUUACUGUGGUUUUUAAAAUUGGUUAAUCAGUAUGUACAAAAAAGAUGUCAAAGUAUUAUUUGAACUUUCAUAUUUUCUAUUUUACACAAGGGCUAUUGUUGAAGGAUUGAAUUAUUCUUGUUUCAGUCUUAUUUUAAGUCUUUCAUUUUAAUUAUUUAGUUAUUUUAAGAUUUUAAUUGUAAGUUGAUCCGCUGUGUAGGGUGUAACUGUUUCUUUUUGUUUUAAUGUAACUAGUUUUAUUUACUAUUAUGCUGUCAUUGAUCUCUGAGAUAAAGUAUAAUAUUAACUAAUCAAUUAUGUAGUCAGUACCGUUAAGUUAACUAUUAGUGGUCCUCUAUAAGUACCUCCAGUUAUAUUUGUAGUUAAAGUGCUACCUGAUAUUUAUCGUCAUCAGUACAUUGUGAGAAAGUAGGCCUAGUCUUUGAUAAAAACAAUACUUCUUCGAAACUGAAAAAGAGUUUUUUUUUUUAAGCUGAAACAAGAUAUUAAGAUAUAUUAUGAUAGUUUAAACCAGGAAGAUUACACAUUCUUUCUAGGUAUAGUUGAGAAUGCAAAUCUUAGCUUCACUUAUAUAUUGUUAAAUUUGUGAAUAAAAUUAACUCAGGAAUUAAGGAAACUGUUGUAUCUUCACAGAAAAAUACAGUUUAAAAAUUAGGUUGCUUAAAUACAGUCUCUAAUUGCCUCAGGGUUGGCUAUUUAUAGAGCAAGAACGGAUUGUAAUCCAUCCAUCAAUGUAGGUUUUAUAUUAUAAUCUGACAGAAUUUUAGUCCAAAAUUAUUUUAUUCAUUUGACGAAUGUCGCUGGUUUAGCCUUUCUUGCCAAAUCAUUCCAGUUAAUUUUUUUUUAAGAAAGGAUGACGUUUCAGCUC